CGUGUUAGCUUGGCGCGUGGACGGACUCACUGCGUCCCUUUCGCGCGCGCGCGCACGCUCACGCGUGUGAACGAGGGAGAGAGAGAGAGAGAGGGAGAAAGGAGGCGGAAACCUCCAUCUGCCCUGCUCAGUGACCGACCCGUCAUCCUCCUCUCGGCCUGGAAAAAGACAUAUCCGCGCGGCUUUCGCCUCCCUCCUCCCCUCGCCCCCCUCCCUCCCUCCACUGGCACUGUCGGAAAGUGGCGGAGCAAGCCCGGGGGUCGACGCAAGAGGGGGGCCAAAAAAAAAAAGAGCGAAUUUACCGCCAGUAAAAUGUGCGGUCUAUAUAUAGGCUCUGCCCCGGACUGCACCAUCUCAACCACGGCCGCCACCUGCCCUCCCGGCACCGGUCAGAAUCUGUCAGAGGAGUAGAUUUGCAUCAUGCUCUCCUCUCCUCCGAGUGGCCAAGAACCUUCACGUCUUAUUUUAGCAUCCCUCCUCUCGUAUCGCUCGCCUCUCUUCUGAGUGUGACUCUCUUACUCGUCGCUGGAAAAUGAAGCGUGGGCCGAGCGUGUUACAGCCCGCUCCUCCUUCGGACGCGGCCGGUCGACACACGCGGGCGGCUCACGCGGAGUCGCGCGAGGUGGGUUCGAGCCCCUUCCUGGCAGCCACCUCUCUCUUCAGCCCUGAUGUCAGCACCAAGAUGGCGUCUGACCUUCUCAUUAGGAUGUCAGAGGCCACUCAGAAGGCUCAGGUCCUCCCUGGGGGUCGAGCCGAGGGACGAGGGGGACAGCAGGAGGAGCCGGGCCUGGCUCUGUCCCCCGAUGGUCCCGGGGCCAGUCCCGACCCACCCUCGCUCACGCACACACCUGAGGGGGACGCCGCCACUGACACGCUGGCUUCAGACUUGCUCAGGAAACUGGCAGAGAGUCAGCUCCUGACCCGGCCCGACGUGAAAGUCAAGGAGGAAGAGGACUCCAUGGAAAUCGAAACGCCGAGGAUGUCAAGCGUCAUCCGUGAAGGACCAAUAGGAGACCUCCGAGGCGAUGGAGCUCACCGUCUUCUGGCCGUCAAAACGGAACACGGCGGGGUGGCGGAGAUGGAAGAUCCACAUCUGGACGGCGAUGUUCCGAACGUUCCGCUUGCUGUCAAACAGGAGGGGGAGGAGAUCUCCGCUGACACCCUGGCGGAGCAGAUUCUCCUCAGAGGGAAAACGGAAGAGGAGACCCGACCCAGGUUGUUUUCAGGGGUCGCGGUGGAGGAACAGCAGUUCUUUGGAGACCAGUUGUGUUCCGGAGCCAAAAUGGCGGAGCAGUGCCUGCGGGCGGCGCUAUGGCAGGACAUGUCCGUCAACCUGGCGUCCACGUUACUGCAACAGCUCUCAGAGCGGGUCGCUAAGUCCGGCAGUGUGCUUACGCUGAGGUCCAGCCCCCCUGCCAGGAGCAGUCCUGUCCUGAAGGUGGAGCCAGCCUGGUCCUCUCCUUUGGAGUCUGCAUAUGGCACCCCAAGCAGCCCGCCAGGAAGUGCGAGCUUCUUCUACAGGUGUCACGUGUGUGGCUUCGAGACCGACGGGCGCCUCCUUUUCCGAUCUCACAUGACGGAGCAUCGGCGGCAGGAGCGCGGCUCCUUUUCACUGCACUGCUGCGUGUGCGACCACUCCACCAAUCAGGAGGCGGCCAUGAGGGCGCACGCCGACAAGCACGUGCUGGGCAGAGCAAGCAGAUGCCCCCUCACCCUUCCCGCCGGCAGCGCGCCCACAGUUGCCACGGCAACCCCGCCGGAGACGAGCACCUCGGAGCAUCGCUGCCGCAUCUGCCAGAGGUCGUUUCCCGGGCAACCGGAGCUGCUGGUUCACUUCCAGGGUCAUCGCCAAGGCAACCAGUACCGUUGCGAGCGCUGCGGCCACCUGACGCGCACCGCCAACAAGCUGGUGGAGCACGUACGCGUGCACACGGGUGAGCGGCCCUUCACUUGCCACCUUUGCCCGUACAGCGCCAAGCGGCGGGACAGCCUGCGCCUGCACUGCAAGGUCAAGCACGGAGCGCACGCCAACGUGGCCGCCGCCAGCGCCCCCGGCAACGUGCACACGCACCGCUCCUACGUGCACGCGGACAAUCCCAGCAAACACGUUCGGCGGCUGCACACCAACGUGCCCUCCUCAUCUUCAUCCUCUCCUCAUCUUCCUCUUCAGGCCUCGCUAUGUGAGCUAGCAGGGUGGAGGGAUUUGUCUCCUCUCGUGCCCAUCACGACUCUCCUCUCGCUGAAGCCUCAAUUUACUGCGCCUCCGUCCGCUCCCUCCUCCUCUUCUUCCUCCUCCUCUUCCAACAAACAUUCUUUCCUUGGCUACCUUGGCCUGACAUCUUUAUGAAUGUCUUCUUUUCUCCUCCGUCCUCAUCUUUCGCUCACGAUGGAUGUAACGCUCCCGCCUCCCCAUUUGAGAAUGUCCAAAACCGACACGCUGAACGGCAGAAGCAGCGGCGCAGUUCCCGCCGCCUGUUUUUCCCUAAUCAUUGAAGUGCUAGCUCGUAAAGCACUUGACUCCUUUUCUUAUCUUGAAUUAUUAUUACUACUCAGUAUGUGUUGUCCUUCAGAAACUGCCAGCUUCGUCAAGUUUUUGGGUGAAUUUACAACGUGAUGGAUGAUGACAGCCAGACCAUCGGACCAAAACUGUAAAUAUUACCUUGAGGUCAUUAGCACCCUCAACAUUUUGAUUUAGCUAGCAGCUAACGGCAAUUCAUGUUAGGGAUGCUCCAAUAUUCCUUGGCAAUGAGGAAAUAAUAUUGCCCACAAUGCAAUAGAGUUGCACUAGACUACAUUCAUCUUUGUCUUUGAUCUUUUACAUAGGGCCCCCUAGUGUUCGAACUGAGACACUAAAUAACUUCAUUUAUUUGAAGUGUGGCAAGAAAAACUUGCAGUUGGAUGUUAAAAUGACAAAUUGUUUAUCUCCAAGGAGUUAGAUUUAAAUUAGACCUAUGAAAAAAUUGGUUAAAAUAAUACACAUUUUAAUCACAAUUGCAAACCACAUUGGCAUUAAGUAUCGGUACUUUCUAUCGACAAGUACUUGUACUUGCACGGAAUCUGGAAAAAAGUGCUAUUGGAGCAUCCCUAAUUAACGUGAUCAUUGCCCAAAUUAUCUGCAUGAAAAUGUAUCAGUCUUUUUUUUUUUGCCAAACCAGUUCUAAAUCAAUGCUGCAGUACGUUUUGUUUCCUUUUUGUGUGUUACUUAUCUUGGUUUGCUUGCAUUGUAGUUGUGUUGAUGGAGGUUCUGAAGGACAAAGAUGCUCUUUCUGAUCUUUCUGUUGUAUAUAGCGAUCCAUGUGCACUUUGUUGGCUUGCUGAUGCAAAAAAAAAAAGACUAAUCAUAAGAUUUGCGCCAUUUUUUAUAGACGUAUAUCGCAUACCAAGAUUGUUUUCCGGGACAGUUUGACCAGCGACUGUCGAUUGAUUGUCUUGUUACAAAUAAGCUGACAGAUUCAGCAGAGUCAGAGAUGAAGAAGAUCGCUGUGGUCUAUUCUGCUGAAUCUUGUUUGCUUCUGCUUGAUCAAUAAAGUUUCAUUUCACGAAUGA